ACGUUAACAAUACUUAGCGUAAGGGAGUGGAUUGACGGUCCAAUUAGCUACCGGCUUACUGGUCCGGUCAAUAAAAACAGCGAGAAAGAGAAAAUAUGAAGGCCCAUAAGUUUGACAAAAAAACAACCACCGACGAUAUAUACGUAUUCAUUUUUCUAGGGAGUAGCGGAAGUUAAUACAGACAUUCUAAACAAAGCGCGGAUUUUGAGCCUGUAGGUAUUCUUCAUUCCCCCAAUCAAACAAACAGAGAGUUCUGUGCGAUGUAAUUUCAUCUCAGCUGGAUCGCACAGCAACAGCAACAGACCAGACCAUGCGAGCUAAAGACAGACAGAAAGUGGAAGAGCAGAGCAGUGCAGUGCAGUGUGGUGUAGUGUAGUGUAGUUCCAGGUGGCAGGCAAUCAAAGGAAAGGAGAGGAGAGGAAAAGGGUGUGAUUUUGAUGGAGUCUGAAGUGGAUGGGGAGGAACGGGUGAUCGCGACGGCCGAGCAGAUCGUGAUGAGGUUGGGCACCACUCAUGGCAUGACCCAAGACAUGCUCAACAUCCUUUCAACCUUCGACCACCGCUUCUCCAACAUCACCGACCGCCUGGAAGCGCACCUCGAAGACCGCCUCCUCUCCGCCCAACAGGUGCUCCUCCGAUGGGACGCCCCCAAUUCCGCCGCUUCGUCCCGCCACCAGCAGGGGGGGGCUAACCAGGAGAUGAUCUGGGACGGGCCAGCUGACGAGGGCCGGGCUUAUCUGGGCGCUGUUGAUGAAAUCCAUAACCUGAUGAACGCGUUCCAUGUGACCGAUGGUGAUAAGCCCAAUGACACCCUGGAGCGCGCGCAGAGCGUGCACUCGGUCGCCAUGGGGCGGCUCUCCCAAGAAUUCCGCCAUGCCCUGCUCAAUCACAAGGAGCCCCUUCAGCCUCACCGGUUCUCUGUUCCUCCUAAAAGGGUUUCCUUUUCCUUUGCCUCCCUCACUGAUGACCGGGAGCACGGGCCUGAUGAUGAGGAAGAAAUUGAGAAGGGGGGUGAAGAUUACAGCGGCGUGGUCGCCAGCGACAGCGACAGCUUCAGCAAUGAUGGACGGCUUCAUUUGAUCACGGACCUCAAGGAAAUCGCAAAGCGGCUGGUUGCAGGUAAUCGUGAGCAGGAGUGUUACCAGAUUUAUUCCAGUGCUAGGCGUACCAUCCUUGAUGAAAACCUAAUUACCUUAGGUGUUGAGAAGCUGAGCAUCGAGGAAAUUCAGAAAAUCGUGUGGGAUCAAUUAGAGGAUAAAAUAAAGAAGUGGGUCCGAGCAAUCAAAGUUGCAGUUAGGGUUUUGUUUGCCAGAGAAAAAGACAUGUGUAAUCAGAUCUUUGAAGAUAUGGAUUCUUCUGCCAAAGAAUUCGUUUUUUCUGAAACAUGCAGGGCUCCUAUGAUGCGGCUUCUGAGUUUCAGUGAGGCUGUGGCUCUAAGUCGACGGUCACCCGAAAAACUCUUUCGGAUUCUGGACAUGUAUGAGACCCUCUCUGAUAUGAUGCUUGAUAUCAAUGAUAUUUUUUGUGAGGAGGAGUCCAUUAGGGAGGAGGCCUCGGGGAUUCUGGUCAAAUUGGGUGAAGCAGCCAGAUCUACAUUUAAGGAGUUUGCCAAUGCAAUUCAGAGGGAGACCUCUAGAAAACCUAUCCCUGGAGGUGCAAUUCAUCCUGUGACUCGUUAUGUUAUGAACUACAUUAAAUUUCUGUUUGAUUACACAGAUACAUUAAAAUUGCUUUUUGUGUGUAAAAAGGAACAGACCAGUAGUCCUUCUAGGAAAUCCUUGUCUGCUGAGCCUGGAGGAGAUAAUAAGGGGCUAACAGGAGGCUUAGGAUUUUUAGAGGAUUGUCAAUAUAACGAGGAUCCAGCAGCCAUGAAUCUCUCUCCUCUGGUUCAGCAGUUGUUUUUAAUUCUAGAGUUUCUGAAAUGUAACCUUGAUGGCAAGUCUAAGUUGUACAAGGACUCUGCACUCACAUAUCUUUUCUUGAUGAACAAUGUCCGCUACAUUGUUCAGAAAGUCAGGGGCUCUGAGCUCAUAACACAUCUGGGUGAUGAUUGGGUCAGGAAACACAGUGGUCAGGUCAGGCAGUAUGCAACAAAUUAUCAGCGAGCUACCUGGAACAAGGUUUUGUCCUGCCUCAAAGAUGAAGGGAUACAAUUCACUGGCACGUAUUCUGGAAGUGCAUCAAAGGGGGCACUCAAAGAGAGGUUCAAGAGAUUCAAUACCAGCUUUGAAGAGGUUUAUAAGACUCAAACAAAUUGGACAGUCCCUGAUCCUCAGCUUCGCGAGGAGCUGCGAAUUUCCAUUACUGAGAAACUUCUACCAGCUUAUCGAUCCUUUGUGGGUCGAUUUGGGAUUUAUUUAGAAGGUGAGAGACAUGUAGAAAGGUAUCUUAAAUAUACACCCGAAGAAUUGGAAAAUUAUCUUUUAGAUUUAUUUGAGGGAUUGCCAGGGCCAAUGAGCAGCCAGCGUACCAAAUCCCUUCCAUAGUAUUUUACUGAUUGUCGAAUAUGUGAUCCUGUGCCAUGCUUUGGAUUCCUCUGUUUGUCUGAGGACAGAUUGGUGCUUCCAAUUACCUUUCCAGCUAUCUUCAUGGACAAGCCUGAAGAAACAUUUCUUUCCUUUGCUCAUGACUUUGUUGCUGUAAUCAAUCUGUAUUGUUUGUAUUUACACAGUGAUAUGGAGGAAAGGGGUUUCCUUAGAUAUUCCAACACAAUGGCCGGUGGUGUAUUAUACUGUAUCUGUAGAAAGCUCCUUUAUUUUGUUGUUUAUCCCUCAAUUGUUAAUGAGUCUUUUGCAAUUCCAUCUUCCACUUGAGAAGUAUGUGUACAUGAUAUUUUUGUUUGAAAUAAAACAUUUCCAAUAUUAUUU